CGGCACUUUGAUACACACAGUGGCACUGCGAUGCGUUGUCAAACUCAGGCACACGAGCAAAGUGUGACCAUGCCACUGAAGGAGCUCCACCACUUCCUGUGGAAGACCUGGUAAAACUGCACUGCACCUUCCCUCCAUGUGCACAGCAGCACAGUAAAAGCUUGUCUCCUGUCAGCACUGUUGCUGCGUUGAGCAACGGGACCUACGUGGAGUUUGAGAUCUCUGGGCACCGAACCUACACCUCGCAGAGCUUCAGCUCCAUCCAGCGCAGAGCAGGAAGUUCGCUGAAUGCUUCUUUCUUGAGCGGCUUUUCGCACAAGUCGCAGUCACAGAGGAAGUCCUUGCUGUCGUCAUAGCAACGUACAGAGGAACCUCGCCUAUGGUGAAGAAAGGCAGCCAGCUCAUAAAGCAAUAGGACUGAAGGGCUUCGCAAGGAAGAGCUCGAGCACAGUGCAUGUCAGUGGUAGCAGAGCAGCACCAGGUGCAAGAAGGACAGCGGGCAAAAAGAAAGUGAGGAACUGCUGUGAAUCACAAUGUCGGGCAAGAAGACGGGUAAAACCAGAAGGAUGGGCUCCUCUCGUAAAGAACGCCAAGGCUUAGGCCGGAUGAGCCACUACGAGGACCUGGAAGCCAUGGAGGAGGAAUCACAAGCUGGAGUUGAGAAGCAGGAUGUGGGAAGAAGGCAAGUGGAGGACUCCACUUAUGCAUCUUUGGAGAGUAGAGUGCCAUACAGAGAAUCUAGUCCAUCAAAUGACCUUCUUUCAACAGAUCAGCUCCACCUGUCCCACAGUGCUGUGCAAAUAGGGCUGAAAUUUGAUCCUCUGUCUGUUGCACCUGAAAGUAGAACCUCAGGUUUUGGAGAGCAAGCCCUGGACUCUACUAUGGGUAUUUUUCUCCAAUCACAAACAGAAUGGCCUCCCAACCUUCAGAGCACAACUCCUCCUCCCCGAUCAGUGACCACAGAGGAAAAUGUCAUCACUGCAAAGAUCACUCAGGCUGAUGUGACUCAGGCUGAGCUACCUACACAUGAGGAUAACAGGUCCACAUACCCCACCACAGUCCUAAACACUCGUGUCCCAGAAGACUUAUCUAACCCAGAAACCCAUGGUAUAGAAAGAAGGAGGAAGAUGGGUUCAAGCCGCAGAAGCUCCAACAAGAGUGAUAUGUGGAGACGUGGAGGGGUUGAGUGGGAUGUGGCAGAUAGUUAUGGAAAGGAUCACAGACAGGAGAAAACUGAAAAGAAAGUGAUAGAAACAUCCAAAAAACUGCAGGAGGAAAAGGUCCCUAAAUGGAUAACCACUAGAGCUGAGGGACUUUAUGGCCAUGGUGAGGAAGGAAAAGAGGAACCUGCCCUUGUUGAGGAUAUGCAUGCAGAACAGCCUUCAUGCAUAACAGAGAGACAAAUCCCAGUGCCAUAUUCUGAAUUUCAAGCACAAAGCAUGUACACUGAACUAGAUUGGCACAGCAGUCCAUCACACGCAGACUUUGAGUCUAAUCUUACUGGAAAUCCAGACCAUCUGAAAGAUAGGAUGCUUGAUUCAGACCCUCCUGGAGGUGCUGUCCUAAUCAGAAACCCACAGUUAACACUCUUUGGGGAAGAGUCUGGGGACCAUAUAAAUCCUGUUCUACAGCACCACCAACCAAGCCACAGGUGUCUCCCAGAUGAAAAGGGGCAUGCAGUUGGUGGCUUUGAGCAAAAAAAGAGGAGAAUGGCCUCCACACGUAAGAUAGGGUGUAGCCUACACAAAGAAAAAGACAUUGGGGCAGAACUAGGGGAUUUCAGUGAACAGGUACUGCCUGAUCUGAAUGAGAUACUAAGAGCUUCUAGGGGCUUGCAGGACAUAGGUAACAUUGAAGACAGCGAGAAAUACACGGAAACAGAUAUGAGAUUAAUAAUGAACAUAGACACAGCGGUGGGAAAUGAGAGAGAAAUGCCCAGUUCAGAAGAGGACAAUGACAUCAAGGAGACAAAAGACGAAAGCCCAGCAGAAGAGGAUGAGACAAAAGAAAUUAAACAAGAGGGUUUGGGAGAGUCACAGGUUUUAAAAGAUGAAGGUCCAUUGGAGUACAAUGCUAUGCGUGAGAACAAAGAAGAAGAUUUAGUUGACAAUGUGACACAUGAGUUAAAAGAAGAAGGAGGUCUCGUAGAACAAAACAAGACACUGAAGUUAAUCAAAGAAAGUCUAGUUGAGGAGAAUGAUAUUCAAGUGUUAAAAAAAGAAGGUCUAAAGGAAGAUGAUGAGAUACAAAUUAUAAUGGGACAAGGUGGUGAACAGAACAAUCAAUCAGUAAAGAGAGACAAAGACAUUUUGGACCAAGAUGUUUUAGAGGAUGAAGAAACAAGUAAAGCAGGUCUUGAGAGGAAAGAGAAAAAAGAAGGAGAUGCAGAAGAGGUAAAGGUGCUGAAUGAAAAAGUAAGUGUGAAAUUGUUUGGAGGUCAAGCAGAGAGUAUAAAAGAUGACCAGAGUUUGUUGGGUUCAUUUUCUGUGGAUGGAUAUCAAGAAGAGAAUAAAUCUGAAGAAAAAGACAGUAGAUCUUUGGUGAUCCAUCAAGCACAAGGAGAAACCCUUACAGCCAUUCCAGAAAUAAAAAUAUCUCCUUUAUUCAAGCCAACUGCUGCCCAAAAUUUAGAGCAAACCUUGAAUUUUGACCACACUCUAGAUAAUCACUCAGCAAACAUUGGAAGAACGUCUCCAGGGAAUGAACCUAUUUCACCCACAUCUGAACCACCCUGCACUGAGAACUUCAUCAUGGAGGACAGACAACCAACCCCAGGAAAAAGAAGAAAGAUUGGAUGUACUCAGAAGAACACCAGAAGAAAAGGAGAUCAAGUUGAGGAAGAUGGACCUGAAAACGCAACACAACAUGAAGAUGACGAGGGAGGUCUAAAGAAAGAAGUCAGAAAUGAAGAGCUUGAUGAACAUACAGGUGUGGAGGUAAUGACAGAGCUGUACAGAGAAGAGGUCCAACUGGACAAGCAAUUAAUUAAAAAAGAGAAGGAAGAGGAGGAUCCCGAGAACAUACCAAAAAUGAGUCAUAAAGGAGAAGUCAUAAUAAAAGAAGAGAUAGACGUGAGCUCAGAAAAAACUGUGACUUUUUCAUGUGAGAUCUUUGGACUUCAGGCUACAGAACAUAGCUUAGAUGCUUGCAGCCUUACCAGUUUUCAGAGGAAAGCAGAGAAACCAGUAACAAUUCAAGAAGCUUCCACCAACAUUAUGCUAGAAGAAAGCUCUAAAAUCCUUGUUGAUAUCUCAGAUAGAGAAUGUAGCGGUAUGAAGAAACGGAGAAAAAUGGGGUCUUCUCGCAGGGGUGGCAGAGAAGAGAAGAAAUGGCAAGAAGACAGAAGACACCUUGAGCACGCAGAUACAGAGGUCAAUAGCCAAGAUAAAGGAGGAGCAGAGAGCACAAUGGAGGUGAGAGAAAACAUUGUGGAAGCUGAGACAGAAAGGACUGAAGAAAAUGUGAAGUUGGCUAUGGCAACGAUGGUUGUUGUAAGCUCAGAAUGUAGACCAAACACAUUAGAAAAAGUAGAGGAAAAGUGGGAGAAGUCAGGAGAAGAAGAGUGUGGCUCUCUGGAAUCCUCUGGACCUACAUUUACAGAAAACAAGAAAGACACUGAUGUCAACAGCUUGAUUACCUGCCAAGGACUUAUAGACAACUCAACAGCAGCUGGAAGUUCUACCAGCAACCUUCCAGUGCUGCAGAGUUCACAGCAACAUGAGGACAGCUCACCCCAGGUAACCAGUUCUAUGGGGAAAAGAAGAAAAAUGGGUUCUUCUCGUAAGGGGGCCAAGGAGUGGCAUAAAGAGCAAGAAAGUGAGAAUAAGACAGUAUCAGCAGAGGAACACAGAAAAGCAAAGAAGGACGAAUUUGCCAAGGAAGGUUACAUGACAGAAGUGUUGAUUUUAACGAAGGAAGAGCAGCAAGGUGAGGUCAGAGCAGAGGAAAGAAACCUCAUGGAAAAGUCCACCCUCUCUGUGAGGUCCAUCCCAAACACUAUGACGUCACAAAUGGUGGAGAGUGCCGCUAUGACUGGGCAGCCUGAGCUUCCAAACUUGCAAGGCACAGAUGUGCAAGCAGUCAGGAGGAGAAAGAUGGGCUCUAGUCGCAAGGAUAAAAUCAACCUGGGCAAAGGAGAGAGGGGACUCGAAUGUACUAAAGAUACAGCCACAGCAGAAGAUCCUAACGUUGCUGCUGUUCUGCGGAGGAUUCAGGAAGUCUUCAGCCACUCCACCUUCAAGGAUAAGCAGUUCAUCACCUUGCAAGACAUUCAGGACCUCAGCAGUGAGCUUGGACCCUGUGUUGAGGAGCUCCAGCAGGUGUUCCAGCAGUUGGAUCAAAACCUCAGGGGGUUGGUGACCCCUGAGGAUUUCGAAACAGGCCUCCGAGAGUUCUUCCAAUUGAAGGCCUGUCCUCCUAAUCUUAUUCACCAAUCACAAGCAUCUGUGGGACUCGUGGAAAUGGACCACACGCCUAGGCAGUACUUUCCUCCAGAUUUGGAGCAUCCAGGAGGACACAGCUUUCAGCAGGGGCCUGCAGGUCCCCUAGGCUAUAGCAUUCUAGGAUGGACAACCUCCGGGGGGACAUUGUUGACGGAGGAAAACCCUGUCCCAAGAGUGGUCUCCCUCAGUCAGGCCAGCAACCACUGGCAGGAGGGUCAAGCUCUCUGGGACAAGAAGGCAGACAAGGCCAACAAUGAGGAGACAGGGUCUUUCAGCGAUUGGAGUCCACCAGCAUCAGGCCCAGAUCUCCUGUACAAUGUGGUUCUGGUUGGGAACAGCAGCGUGGGCAAGACUUCCUUCAUGAAGCGCCUCCAGAGUGGGGAGGUGAGCCUGGACCACUGCGCUACCAUCGGUCUUGACAGCUGUAUCCAGGCUAUUAUGAUAGAUGGUCAACGUGUCCUUCUGCAGCUCUGGGAUACAGCUGGACAGGAAAGGUACCACAGCAUCACCAAGCAGAUCCUGCGCAAAGCCCAGGGACUCCUGCUCAUGUAUGAUAUCACUUCCUCACAGAGCUUCUCUGGGCUUCGCUACUGGAUGUCCUGCGCUGAGGAAGGGGCCCCAGAUGAUGUUGUCACGAUGUUGCUGGGCAACAAAAACGACAGCCCCCAGCGAGAGGUUCCUCGUGACGAGGGGGAGAAGCUCGCUGCGGAGUUCAACAUCCCUUUUAUGGAGUGCAGCGCCGCCUCCGGUGACAACAUCACGAACUCUAUGGAGACCCUUGCGAGGAUGCUGAAGCAUCGCCUGGACCAAAAGGAUGAACCUCCCCUGUUGCUGCACAAGGAGCAGCCAAAGAAGAGGUUCGGCUGCUGCUGAUUGGACGGAGCAAUGUGGGAGCAGUCACAUGAUGUACCUGAUGGGCCAUGAUGAUGUCAUCCUGCUGAAUUUGCUUCUUCCAAUGCUGCAAACAAAAAUUUGUAUCUCUCACUCUAUAAUUACAAGCUGUUAUAUUAUAAUCUUUAUGGUCAGCAUAAAAUGGUCAAAAUAAUCACUGUGACAGUUUAUAGAGCUCGCAUAGUUACAGGAUCUAAAGGGCAACACAUUUAUUUCAUUUUUUAUUUUAUUUGUUCUUUGUCACAUUGAUACUUUAACAGAAAUAUAAAUUUAAAAAUACAUUCAAGUUGUUUAUAACUGGAAUUAUGGAUUUAUUUUCUGUUAUGAAGCAUGAAAUAUGUUUAAAUGAAUAAAUGUAGGGGGGUGCGGUGGC